AUGUUGCUUGUACUACCGAAGCGUUUUUUAGGCCCAAGCUACAGUCAUUUCGAUGAGCUUGAGGGUUUGGCCGAAACCAGAAAGCGCCGAGAGUGUCGACACGACCACAAGUGUUAUAGCGUUCACCGCGCUGGACGUCACUACUCGACCAUGGUGACUUCCGACAAAAGUAUCGUGAACCUCACGCGGAAUUCGAUACCUGAGCUUUUUAGAAGAAUUACUUGUCCAGACCGUCAAUGCUCAUACAUCAAAUCUUGGGAAAAGGAAUAG